UGCCUUUAAAACCCCCAUUCUCCCUAACGUUUCCAAACCCUAGAGAUUAUUUUGUGUUGCAGCAGCGCAGCCAGAGAUUAGAAGCAACCAACCUCAGACCUUAUUUCCACAAGAAAGAUGUCUGUUAGCGAGCUUGCUUGCACGUACGCUGCUGCUAUUCUCUACGAUGAUAACAUCGCCAUCACUGCAGAGAAGAUAGCAGAAUUGGUUAAAGCAGCCAAUGUGCAAAUUGAAUCUUUCUGGCCAAGCUUGUUUGCUAAGCUUCUUGAGAAGCGCAACAUUGAGGAUCUCAUCUUGAAUGUUGGCUCUGGUGGUGGUGCUGCUGUUGCUGUUGCUGCCCCAGCUGGUGGUGCUUCUGCUGAUGCUGCUCCUGUUGUUGAGGAGAAGAAGCAGGAAGAGGUUAAGGAGGAAAGUGAGGAUGAAGACAUGGGAUUCAGCUUGUUUGAUUAGAAGCUCCUUGCAGAAUGCCCAAGUCCUCUGGUGCUUUUAGUAGUUGAAUACCUUUUUGGAUUGAUUGGCAGUUGUCAUUAAAAAUACUUUUAUUCGAGAAUGCAAGACUUCUUGAGAAUCCUGGAUAUUUAUCUUCAUGACUAGGGGCUUCUAGAUAUAAUAGAAGUAUUUCAGUUGAGUUUUGUUUUUUAUUAUUUUUGCUGGAUUCUGAUCUGAUGCUUCACUGUUGACAGUAGUUUUAUUUAGUAUGUUGGUGCGUGUUUAAAUAUGAAGUAUGAUCUUAAAUA